CAGUCGACAGUGAAAGUGAUUGUUGUGACCCUUUCCACACACAUUUCGAUUUGCAGCGACGAACGAAACUAGUGGUGCACGCGCGAACAGUACAUAUCAAGGAGCUCACUGACUAUAAUCUACCCAACUUGGUGAGUGCUUAGUUUAACUGCGUGUGUGUAUUAGUGGUGAUGUGUGUAUAAGAUCUGUGUCACACGUCAGACAUAACCAAGACAACGGACCUGCAAGAGGGAUGGAAGAGACAUGGCAGACCACAAUGAGGAACAGGACUCGUGCAACUUGGAAAUUUCGGUGUGUCCGGAGCCACACCUGGAGAUGACGCAGGACCUGGAGCUACUGGCCCAAGAGAUAGCCGAAGCUGCCGUCGAUGAUGAGAAGAGGUCCUCCCACAACCCCUCUCCGACACCAACACAGCCAGAAUGUGAGGAGGCGGCAGAGAACGAAGACGAACAUCGACCCAAAGACGGUGGCAGGGACGAGGUUGUCGACGAGGACGAGGAGAAAGGUGAGAGACCGAGAUCCAACAGCCCAGUCGACGAAGCCUCCUGGGUGCUUGUCGACGCCGAGGACGAGACAGAGAUCUGCAGACUCACUCACGAAGAAAGUCAACGAAAAUCCCCAGAACAAAAAUUUAGUGUUUUCAGAAAGUUCCUGGCACGAGCAGACCUGCGUCAGAAGUUGGCAGAUAUAGGUCUCUCAUGUGAUGCUGAGGGUAACAGUAAUGAGCAACAAGAUGUACUCAGCAUGCAGGACAUCAUCGUGUCGUGCUCUGAGUCCAUGGUGAUCUGCGACAUGCCUCAGGUAGGUGAGCAGCCUGAGCUGGGGGAGGAAGAACUCUGCCCACAAGUGUUCCUGAAGGACCUCCCGGACUGCCCAAAGUUGUCUGGUUGGCAUGGCACCUUCUCCGGCGCUCAGGUGGUGGUAGAGGUGGAGCGUCAGGGUGGCCUGGUGGUCGCCGGCGUCAGGGUGUGUCAUGAUGAUCUUCUCUCCGCCCUCGCCUCCCUCCAGCACCUCGUCACCUCCACAGGUCUGGUGUCCUAUGCAGACGUGGAUGUUCCAAGCCUCUUAGCCAGGGCUGCAUGAGUCACCACCACCUCCUCUGUCUUCCAUCACAAUGUGUGCCUUUAUGAACCAAAACUGCCACUGUCUACAACGUCCACCAUAUAUAAUGUGUACCAGAUUCAGGGAUAUCUCCUCCAUGGCACUAAACCUCUUUAGAAGUUGGCAUCAAAUCUUCCUGAACUUUGGUAUCACACUUUUCAUCUGAAAACUAAACCUCUUCUCACCUUAGUGUGAAGUUUCUCCUUAUACUGUACUGUAUUGAUAUCUAAACUCUUUUCAAUCUAGCAACUGAUCUCUUCAUUUUGUUAACACUGUUCUUUUUUCUCAAAACCGACAGUUUAUAUUUUACCUAUUAACUCAAAUUUUCCCUUUUUUCACACCAAAAGCAACUUUCAUAAGUACGAACUUAAGGGAUUUAUCCGCCUAUCUUUUCAGCUAUUCUUUAACUCUUUCGGCCCUAAGCUCAGUCUAUUAUUGCAUUCCUUAACCUAAGGUUUUUUUUCAAUUUAAGAAAAAAUACUUGAUCUUAUAAAUUAAUUGGACAAUGAUAAAAGACUUAAAACAUCAAAAUAUAAUACCCAUAAUUAGCCUUGGUUAGCUACUAAAGGCCCUUUGUUUCCUUCGUGGUACAAUACUGUAGUUUUGGCUACUACGUCCUUCCGGCAUCUCCCUGUGCUGAAAGGUUGUUUAUACACAAAAAGUAAACUUCCAUUAUCAUUCUCCCCUCUAUCACUACUAUCCAUUAAAAUUGCAUCUCUUUUUCUUCCCAAGUCGCCAUGCAUUUACGUUUACAUUUACAUGUGUCUACCAGAUGCAAGAAUAUCACUCUUAUGGCUCCAUCAUGAUGUUUAUAAGGUAACUCAGCAGCUGUGAAAUUUCUGAGAGUGAAGUAUUACUGUAGGUAACAAAUGGCAUCAUUAAUGGCUCGUGGCCACUCCAGGACAUUUGAAACAGGGCAGGAAACAUCAACCCAUAUCUUGUACAUGCAUAGGUCACUGGUCCCAAGUGUUUGAGAUACUACUGUACAACUGUAUAUAAGGAUAGGACUUGAAAGGGUUUCAUAAAGACACAUCCUAAUAUUUAUGAGAAUCAACUUGAGGUAUUGUUCAACAAUUAUAAGUGUGCUAUCACAAAAAAUCAUCCUUUAACUCUAUACAGUACAUGUAAAAGUCAGUAGAGUAAAAUAAGGUUGCAUUAAAUCAGCGGACUACUAACAUUUGGGUGUCAAUUUUUAAAAUCGCACACUAAGUGAUGCAUUUAUAGGCUGUGUCCCACAGGCCUCUACGUCCCCCUACACCACCCCAGGACUCCUAACUGCACCUCAGUAAACACACAGGCUUCACCAUGGCAAAACCAAACCAGAUAAAUGAUUUAUUCUUUUGUUUCCAUUAGUCUGCAUGAAUACAAGACUGUACUGUAUAUCUAUUUUUGGAAGAAGAAUUUUUUUUUUUUUUAAUUAUGUCUACAGUACUGUACCUAUAUUUGAGCCAGACGAUGUUCUCAUUUAGUACUAACAAUAAAUACUAUCCAUUCCUGAUGUGUGUCAAAUGUUAUUAGUGCAAAAUGUCAAUUUAUAUACAGGUAUCAUGUUAAAAAAUAUCUCUACCAUCACCAAGGACUUCAAAAUGAAACCCUGUCAGCUUAUUUGUAAUACAUGUAACUAUA